AUAUUAAAUAGUAACAAAUAAGUACAAAUAAAUAUAAAAUAGGAAUAAUUAUAGUGUAUUCAUCAUAUAACCUCUUAGUGAUUAACUUGAAUCUAUUGACAUAACAUGUUAUAGAAUAUAAUGCCAAAAAAUACUAAAAGAUUGACAUUUUCAUAAAAUUGUUAAAAUAGCUCGAGAAUAUAUCAUACAACAUCAAAUUUAUUAAAUAUUCUGUGAUAUUUUGUAAAAGUUUGUGCUUUACUGAUUUUUUUUCAAUUUUCACAGACUUUAGCAAAAAUCGCAUAGUUUGUGAUUUACAAAAAUCAUUUUAAAAAACAUUAAAUAAAUCGUAUAUAAAGUAUAUCAUAUAUACUGUGAUUUGAUUGAAGUGCAUAGCUUUAUAUUGACACUAUUUCUUCAAGUUUUAUAAGUUCUAAAAAAUCUGAAAAUGGGAUCCGAACAAAGCUCUCAGAAUAGUAAUCAAAAUGCCAAUAGUGGAAAAACAAGGACGAAUCAACUCAGACGUGGCAAAAGCGUCCCAAAUCGUGAGAGAAUGCCAGAAGAUACUCCACCGAGAUGUACCAGUCCUGGCGCCAGCAUUUGCUCUGAUUCUGAUCUUCCAUAUAUUUCUUAUACAGUAAAUCGACCUAUUGGAGAUUCACCAAAGAUGACAAACAAACAGUCACAACUCUAUAGGGGGAAGAGUAUUGGAGCUGGAGAAAUCUCAAGACGAAAAAACAGCCUAGGCACAACAAAUCACAAUCACAGGAAGAUUAAUAUAUCAGACAACAGGACACACAAUAUCGUAGUGGUGAAGCCAGCUCAAGCAGAUCCUACAGCAGACAAAGAUCCUGACAUAGUAAAACUACAGAGUAUCCCGAUGUUUCUGCCGAUUAUGCGUGGCACAUUGAACCUACCACCGGGUGUACGCGAUCCAGAGGUCCUAGAGAGGCUUGAUCCUGUCGGUUUGUUCAAUCUGUGUGCACGUUAUCAACAUCAUCUCAAUACAAAUGCGCAGAUUACAGCAGCAGAGCAAGCUACUCUGUGUACCAGCAUGGAAGUGGAAUUUAACAAAGUACUGAAUCUUGCUGUGGAUCGACAAAAGAGAUUUGCUAGAUUUGCAGAGCAGAUGAAUAAGGUGCAUGAGCUCAGUCGUCAGCUAACUAGAUGUCACUCGCUUCUCAAUCAAACUCUUGGAAGCCUUGAAACGCUCAACAAUCUAUUACCAGUAGAAGAGAGGCUCGAGCCCUUUGUUUGGACUACAGGUUAAAUAUAUCCAAACUACGAGGAAUUUUAUCACUCCUAUUUUUAGCAAGCCUGGAUUCUAUUAAAUAUUAUGUCCUUCCACAAAGAAAUUGUGAUUAAGAAGUGCAAAGAAUAGCUUUGGGACUGUCUAAUUUCAAAAUAAAUUUCAAUUGAUUUCAUCAGAAAAGUUUUAACUUCUACAUUCAGCAUUCACAUUAAUUAUUAAUAAUAACACAAAUAUAUAAUAAAAUCAAUAAAAUAAAUUAAAAGAAAAAA